AUGAGCACAGGGGAACUGGGAACCCCAGCCUCCUGGGUGGACCAUGUGGCUUUCAGGGGAGGUGUGGAGAGCCAUGUGGGACCAGGGCUAGGAAAGGUUGUUCUAGAUGAGGGGGCAGCGUGUGUGGAGCAAACAGAGCAUGUGGGAGAAGGGCUUGCUCGGGAGGGCAGCAGUGCCGUGGGGCUGGACCCUGACAGGAAGUACAUCGUGUCCUGUAAGCAGGCGGAGAUGCCCCUGUCUGUCCCCUGGGAUCCUAGCAACCAGGUGUGCCUGAGCUACAACAACGUCUCCUCCCUGAAGAUGCUCGUGGCCAAGGACGACUGGGUGCUGUCCUCCGAGAGCAGCCAGGUCCUCCUGUACACUCUAGAGGAGGAAAAGUUCCUCUCCUUCCACAUGGAGAUGCUGGUGCACGUGGACACAGUCCAGGCCUUCCUGCUGCUCUCUGACCUACGCCGGAGGCCCGAGUGGGACAAGCACUGCCGGUGA